AUGUCCCUCCCCACCUUCGACAACCUACCCCUCGAUCCGAACGGCCCCCCAGGAAACGCCUGGGGUCUCUUCGGCCCGGCGAACAACGACCUGGGGAUGCUGAAUCUACUAACCCCGGAAACCGUUCGACAAGCCGCAACCGAGGAAAUCCGCGACGGGGUGCGCAUUUCCCUGGAUCUGCCACUCAACCGUGUGCGACAUUCCAGCUUUAAUCGGAAACCGUUCGUCCAGGAACUGAUCAAUAAGGCGCCGCGGUUCGUCAAUGAUGAUGUGUUGACGUUCAAUACCCAGACGAGUACCCAGUGGGAUGGGUUCCGGCAUUAUGGAAACCAAACGCACGGAUGCUACUUCAACGGCCAUUGUUUGGAGGAGUUGAAGUCGUCGGGUACUCGUCCGGGGGACAUCCUCUUCAUCCGCACGGGCUUCACAGCCGCUUUCAAUGCCCUUACCCCGGCCCAGGAAGAAGAGCUCGGCAACCGCCCGACGCCUAGCUUCGCGGGCAUUGAGAACGGAGAGGCCAUGUUGCGCUGGCUAUGGGAGAAUCAGUUUGCGGCUGUGGCGUCGGAUACGCCGAGUUUGGAGCCUGCGCCGAUCAAGCAUGAAAGGGGGAUGACUCUGCAUGAGUGGUGUUUGGCUGGGUGGGGGAUGCCGAUUGGAGAGUAUUUUGAUUUGGAGGAGUUGGCGACGUAUUGUAGGGAGAAGGGGCGGUGGGGGUUCUUUUUGUGUAGUGUGCCGUUGAAGGUUCCUGGUGGUGUGGCUAGUCCGCCUAAUGCGGUGGCUAUUUUGUGA